UUUGUACAGAAAAAAACAACAAAAAAAAAACCACGUCUCGUCUCCCUCUCCCUCUCCCUCUCCCUCUCCCUCUCCCUUCUUCGGAUAUAAAUGUGUGAGUCAUCACUCGUUCUUCUGCGACGUUUUUGACCCACCCAUGCGAAGGUUCUCUGAAAACAAAACACCCAACAAGAAAAAGUAGAAGAAAAAGGGGGAAAAAUUCUUAUUUUCCAUUGAAACUUUCUGGGAAAGAAAAUGGCGAGCAAGCGUAUACAAAAGGAGCUCCUGGAUUUGCAGAAAGACCCACCAACUUCUUGCAGUGCAGGACCCGUUGAUGAAGAUUUGUUCCAUUGGCAGGCUACUAUAAUGGGACCAUCUGAUAGCCCAUAUGCUGGAGGGCUCUUCUUUGUUUCGAUACGUUUCCCUCCGGACUAUCCUUUUAAGCCACCCAAAGUCAAUUUCAUGACCAAGGUUUAUCACCCCAACAUAAACUCAAAUGGUAGCAUCUGCCUUGACAUUCUCAAGGAGCAAUGGAGCCCUGCUCUUACCAUUUCAAAGGUCCUUCUCUCUAUCUCUUCUCUCCUCACCGAUCCUAAUCCUGAUGACCCUCUCGUCCCGGAGAUCGCCCAUGUCUACAAGAACCAGAGAUCCAGGUAUGAGGAGACUGCAAGAGCCUGGACUCAGAAGUAUGCCAUGAACUGAGACGAGAGAAGGAAACCCAAUACGCACGUUGAAUUUUCUGCAAGCCUUUUGUAUGUUUAACAUCAAAUACUCAUACUUCGAAGCUUUUUAGAUUGGUCGGCUGUGUGGUUCUUGAUUUGGUUUGUGUUGUAUGCCGAUGAACUAAUAAUUUCUCGGGUCUCAUUUGUAUGAACAAUUUCAGAUGUUUACAUAAAGGCUAUCAUUUCGAAAUAUGUGCUCCCAUAAUAGACUUAUGGGCAAUGUGGGUUCUUGA